CAUCAAGCUUUAAGCUUAAUUAAAGAAGCUAAAACCAAAAUAAAUGAAUAUGAGUAUUUGUUAAUAAACACUAGUGACAAAGAUUUAAGACAUCAAAUAUAUGGAAAAUUAAAAGAUAGUUGUGCGAUUAUUGAAAAAGAAAAAAAACAUCUUAGUACACUUAAGCGACAUGCAGUAUCUCAAGCAAAACUUCAGGAAAAAAUAUGA